AUGGCAGGGAACAUAGGAAAUGAUGGAGGAGCCGAAAGCCUUCCUGGAUCUUCUCACCAGGGCCCAGGAGGAGCGCCUUGCCCCUCCAACCCACCAGGGGGAACCCCCCAGCUGGGCCCAGGUCGAAGGGGCAUAGUGAUCCAGCUAACUGGGACGGAGGGUGAAUGGGACAGCCUGGACGACAACGAGCUGAUCUUCCAGCUGGACCACCACGAUCAUCAUGACUCAGCAGGACCCAGUCUGCUACAGAAGCAGAGGUCGUGUCCUUUCGAUGACAGUGACUGGGGCCUCCCCGCUUUCCACGUUUCCCAUUCGCCCUCCUCGCCCGGCUCUCUGGGGGACAUCUCGGCAGCUUCGUCGUCCAUGCCCGGGUUUCUGUCCCCGAGCCAGGCGUCGUCCUCCUCACCCUCACAUCGCCCCCUGGUGACCAACCUGGUGAAGUCUCUCUCCACCGAGCUGGAGCCACCAUCAUCAUCAUCGACCUUGAAGCCGCGACCUCUGCUCAGCCUGGUCAAGUCCAUCUCCACGGAGAUCUCUCGCAGCGAGCCCGAGGUGUCCCAGUCCAAGUCCGACUCGCGCCUCAACCUGCACCUCCUCAAGCAGCUGGCCCAGCAGUCCAAGGACUCCCGCACCGCGCCGCCGUCCCCGACCAACCUCUCCCCGACCGAGGCCAAUAAGCCUCAGGGAUUCUUCAAGGCCGAGCUGGAGGACACCAAGCGCAAGCUCCACGAGGCCAUGCAGGAGCCCAUGUUCAGUAUGUUCAGCAAGAUCAUGCGGGAUGACAACACUGGCAGCCCCAAACACCAAAGAUCAAACAUCGGUGGUAGUGGUGGUGGUGGUGGUGGUGGUUCUUUGGACUCGCCGAGCCAUAAGGGAUUUUAUGCAGUCCUCGGAAGAUCCACGGGGGACUUGACCGCGACGGAGCCAUCGCAGCCUAGUCGGAGCACCAAGACCGACAGUGGUGCGGACUUCAGCAUGCCGAACUAUAAUUGGCCGGCGAGGCGCUGGAGGAGGAAGAGGUCAUCAUGCGCUCAUCAUGACCAUCAAGGUCGACUGAAGGACACGAGUCCACCUCCCUCCCGUCAAGGUCAUGAGGUCAUGAGUCAUAUAGGCAUCCCUCAAACGUCCUCUUCCACAGUUCCGCGCACAGGACUCUGCUUUCUGGCGGCGCUGUUCUACUCUUACUUCAUCCUGCCUUUGACCACGUACAUGGCGGGCCUUUGUCUGGGCCUGAUCUUCGGCUUCAUGCUGGGACUUCUUCUGAUACGGCUGGGUUUGAGCAGCAGACAGGCCGCCACAGCCCCAGCUUAUAGACGCAGUUCUAACCAGAACCAGGAGAGGUACAGUCAUCCAAGUGACCCCCAAGGGGACCCGCCCUGCCUGAAGGGUUGGAUGAAUGAGAUGUACAGCUAUGACCCCGACUACUAUCACCCGUCCUUGACGCAGUCCGUUUAUGCGUCGCUAGAGGGCUCGAGCCUGAGGCUGGACUACCCCCGCCAGAACAUCCGGCGCAGGGCCACGUUCGACGAGCAGCCGCAAGAGCCACCGCCCACUUCUGCGCGUUCACGCACCAUCCAGCUCACCGGCAGCAAGGUGUUCCUGUACCCAGUGGCGCUGGCACGCAAGCGGCUAUGGAACCCAAAGUACCCCAUCUGCAUCAGGCUGAACGAGCAGGCUGACCAGAGCCAACAGCCGCCAGCGCUGACGGAUCUGCGAGACGAUGGCCAGGGCAGGGGUGGGGGUGGUGGUGGUGGUGGUGGUGGUGGGGCCACAGAUAGGGCCAUGGGUGGGGGUGGGGGUGGAGGUGGAGGUGCAUGUGGACGCGGUGGGGGUGUUUUUGGAAGUGUGAGUGUGGGAGGGGGUGUCAGUGUUAGUGUUAGUGGAGGUGGAUCUGAACAACACCAUCAGCAGGUAGUAGGCUCUGCUGCCUCAGCAACACCUGCCAAUGCUGGAGCCACCACAACCAGCACCCCCUCUGCCAACACCACCACUACAGCCACCACUACAGCCACCACUGCCACCACCACUACGACCUUCACCAACACUACUCUGUACCUGUUUGGACGAACAGGCCGAGAGAAGGAGGAGUGGUAUCAUCAGCUCCAGGCUGCCUCCAGGAGUGAGAGCACGGCCGACAGCCUGCACAGAUGUGAAUCAAGACCUGACAUCCUAGUGCCUCAGCCAGACAGUCCCGUGGCCGCGUCCAGCAGCAGAGUGUCCAGCGGGGGUGCGGGCAGCACUGAGGACCUGGCCUCCGUCCUGCUCUGCUCUCGCGACCUGGCCGGCAGGGUCACGGGCAGCUUCCUGCGCAGCCACGACUACGCCUCCUACAUGGGGGCGCUGCUCCGCUCCCAGGAGCCCAGCCCUGCCUCCAACCCCGGCCCCAGCAGCGCCCAGGCCAGCCCCACCGAGAAGGUAUUGCUCUCCUUCAUACGUAUGUUGUUGGUUCAAUCGUCAGUCAUUGGUUCAUCAUCUUCACCAUUAUCGUCAUCAUCAUCAUGUCCUUCUUCUACACCCCAACAGGACAUGUGCUGCUGUCAAAUGGAGGCCCCGUCUCCGGACUGGAUCAACGCCCUGAUUGGACGGAUCUUCUGGGACUUCCUGCAGGAGAAAUACUGGGCCGACGUAGUCUCGCACAAGAUCCAGAAGAAGCUGAGUAAAAUAAGGUUGCCUUACUUCAUGAAUGAGCUGACUCUGACUGAGCUGGAUAUGGGCUGUGGGAUGCCCCAGAUCCUCAACACCUACGACCCCCGCAUCAACCAAAGAGGCUUGUGGCUGGAGGCAGAUGUGGAGUACACUGGCGCGCUGCAGAUGACCCUGGAGACCAAGAUCAACCUCAGCAAGCUGGGGAAGGACGGCCUGGAGCCGGACCGAGUGGUGGAGACCACGGGAGCAGGAAGGUCCAGACUGUGUGUGCUGGCUGACAGCGACGAGGAGUCCUCCAGUGCGGGCUCCACAGAUGAGGAGGAGGGGCCCCUCCCGGAGCCCCAGAAGCCCCCAGGGGAGAAGGGGAGCCCGGGCAGCCUCGACAGCCCCACAGCCAGUGGGCGGACGGGCAGGAAGCUCCUGCGCUUGGUGGACAAGAUCGCCAAGUCCAAGUACUUCCAGAAGGCCACGGAGAACGAGUUCAUCAAGAAGAAGAUGGAGGAGGUGUCCAACAUGCCCCUCCUGCUCACCGUGGAGGUCAAGGAGCUGAGCGGAACUCUGACAGUCAACAUACCACCUCCCCCCACCGACAGAAUAUGGUAUAGUUUCUGUGACCCGCCGCGGCUGGACCUGCGGGUGCGUCCCAAGCUGGGGGAGAGGGAGGUCACCUUCUGCCACGUCACCGAGUGGAUCCAGAAGAAACUACAGGACGAAUUCCAGAAAGUGUUUGUGCUGCCAAACAUGGAUGACAUUUACUUGCCGCUCAUGCACUCGGGCAUGGACCAGCCCCCCCUGCCCCAGGAGCCCUCCACGGCCCCAGGCUUACAGCCACACAGCAGCCCCUCUGCUGACUCCAUGGAGCCCUGUGUAGAGUGGGAGUCGCACUCCCCCUAG